AUAAUGUUUCUGGUUUUUUCAUUCUCCUUAGUACAUCUAUACAUAUGAGUUGGUGUAAUUUAUAAUUGCAUAUACUGCACAAAUUAUUUGUUGCUUAAUUAAUAAAUGAUACCAACACGGAAACGAAUUUUUAUAUUAUUAUUCUUAAUUGCGACACUAGGGCUUUUGCUACGAAUUCUAUUCUAUCCCCGUGAACAGUUGUUGUUAAAGGAGGAACCACACUAUCAAAGAGCUCCAGGAGCUCCACUGCCCGUAUUGGUAACAGUAUUUUAUGAAGCCCUCUGCCCGGACUCCAAAUAUUUUAUCACUAAGCAAUUAUUACCCACGUACAAAGCUGCUGCCCAUAUUAUGGAAGUGCAACUCGUGCCUUAUGGCAAGGCACAUACCACAACCGACGCUGAAGGCAAAUUUAUAUUUGAUUGCCAGCAUGGUCCGACGGAAUGUCAAGCAAAUAUGUAUCAUGCAUGCGCUGCUGAAGUCAUAGAUGACGUACUCACUCGACUAGAAGUUGUGACCUGCAUGAUUCGAGACAAUCGAAAUCCCAAAGAUGCUAUGCAAAAGUGUACCAAACAGUAUAACGUGGAAAAUGUAGAUCUCAUCCAAAAGUGUUUUGACAGCACCCAUGGAGCCGAGCUAAUGAAAUUGAACGGAGAUGCGACCCAAGCACUUAGACCACCAGUAACAUUCAUUCCAACAAUAACCAUAGAUGGUUCACAAGGUAGUCAGGCUUCCAUUUUAAAAGAUUUGCUUACUGAGGUUUGCAAAUUUGCUGGAAGCAGCGCGCAGGCGGAGAGAAUUUGCAAAAACCGAUAGUUUAAUGUUGAUUAAAUUAAAAAAGCGCAACUUUUAUUGUAUAUUUUUUAAAAAAUGUUUGUUU